AUGCCAUCCCAUAGAACUAUUGCCUCUUCUACUGCCACCACCGCCGGUGCCGGGGCUGCCAAUGCUCAGACAAAAUCUUCAAGGAACCAAUUAGUAUCCUCAAUGAUAAAACAGGGCUUUCUCUCUGACCCUUUUCUCUCCCCAACUCCAUCUCCUCCUUCAGCCCACCACCAACCAUUUUCCCUUUCCCGACUCACCGCCGCCGCCGCCGCCGGGAACGCCACCACUCUUUCCCCUCCGCCAUCCUUCGCCAAUGGUUCGCCAAACCCACCCCGAUCAUCUCCAAGCCCGACCCUUUUCGAAAUGAUGACAGAGGAACAAGCCCGUGAUUCCAAACGUUCAAUUGAAGCCCGGUUGAAGCUUCAAGACAGAGUCUUUAAGGUCUUGGAGGAUGCCCCAUUUCAAGAUAGUGCUAUGAACAGUUUAGGGCCCGGUGAUGUUAAGCUGGCGGUAAGGUCGUGUGAUGGGUUUUGCGUCUCAAUGGAAGUCCACCGUCGGGUUCUCGCCGGCCGGAGUCGGUUUUUCGCGGAGAAACUCCAGCCCAAUGGGUCCCAGAUGGUUUCGGUAGAGAUUCUUGAUUGUGAUGACGUUGAGGUAUGUUCUGCUGUUCUGUUUGAUGAUGGCAUUCUUGCAUGCUUGGAGUACUUGGAAGCAGUACCCUGGUCUGAGGACGAAGAGGAAAAAGUGGUGUCUCAACUUGGAGACCUUCAACUUUGUGAACCUCUCCCUAAUAUGCUUCAGAGAGUGGUGGCAGAAACUUCUACCUCUCCUAGGGCUGAUGACAUCUUCCUGAAACUGCUAACUGGUGUUUUACAAGCUAAGGAUGACAAAGCUCGUCGAGAAAUGAAGUCCCUGAUAUCUCGUUUGUUUAAACAAGAAAGUUCAGAUAGUCACGGUUACAGCAAUGGAUUUGAUAUUUCAAAGGACACUAUGUAUCAUGUUUGUCAUAGAUGCCUUAGUUCCCUCAUACUUAGCUUGUCUGAAGGUUCGUGUGUGGAUGAGAAUAGACAGGAUCGUGGUUUUUUGAUGAGUGAGAUAGCGCGAGCAGCUGACAACAUGCAGUGGGUUGUUGAUAUCCUGAUUGAUAGGAAAAUGGGUGAUGAAUUUGUGAAACUAUGGGCAGAUCAGAAAGAACUUGCUGUCCUUCAUUCGAAAAUUCCUACCAUGUACAGGCAUGAGAUCAGCAGGAUCACAGCACAACUCUGUAUUGCCAUUGGGAGAGGACACAUUUUGGUCCCAAAAGACGCCCGAUACUCUCUGCUAACUAUGUGGUUGGAAGCCCUUUACGAAGAUUUUGGGUGGAUGAAGAGAGCUUCAAGAUCAAUUGACAAGAAACUGAUUGAGGAAGGGCUGAGCCAGACGAUUUUAACUCUACCAUUGUCACGGCAACAAUCCAUUUUGCUAAAUUGGUUUGAUCGGUUUCUGAACAAAGGGGAUGAUUGUCCUAAUAUUCAGAGAGCAUUUGAAGUCUGGUGGAGAAGGUCUUUCAUAAAGCAAUAUGCUCUUGAUUCCCAGCUACAGAUAACUGUGUAUGAUUAUGCCAGCUGA